GUCGCUGAUUUCUCCACUCCCUUCCCACCACCACCGCUCCCCCUAUCUUCAUCGCAGAUGCACUCCGUCUCGAUUCCACCUCCUCCAUCGGCGGUUAAUCCCACAGGUGCAAUCCCUCUUGCUGCAGCUCAAACCAGUGCUGAGAUGCUCUCCACACCUUGUCCUCCCGUCUCUACAUGGUCCGCGAUAACGAGACUUCCUUCCGCACCAUUAAAGGACACAGUAUCCGCUAUUCUCAACGCAACUUUGAGUUCCAGCACAUCCACCCAAUAG